AUGGCGGUGGCAGAUGUGAAGUUAAAUUCACCAACUCAAACAAACAGUCAAAGUGUUGUUGUCAAUGUCAAAGAAAGAGAUGUUGAAGUGGGGAAACCAUACGAAGACGAAGAUGGUAUAACAAUAGUUCCUGUAAAAGAACAACCAACAUACCCUGAAGUUAGCAGAGACUUAAGUUCUGUUGCAGAUAUUCGAAACGACUACCAACAACUUAAAGACAAACUUAAAACUCAGGAGAAGAUUUGUCAGGCUUUGGGUAUAAUGUUAAACUUGGUCGAACACAACCCUGUAAAAGUGAACUCAUAUGUCAUUGCACCUCAUGAAGUUUUGAAAGAACUAUUGAAACUUUUGACAGAGGCAGACGAUAUAA